AGUCCGAGCUGCGCCCGCACGACCCCGCGACCCCGCGACCCCGCGACCCCGGCCCGCGACCCCGCGGCCCGCGACCCGCGACCCCGCGACCCCGCGCGCCCGGCGGUUGGGCCGCGCCCGCCGGCCCCGCGCCCGCCCGGAGAUGAGCGUGUCCGCGUCGCCCGAGCGGAGCCAGACUAUGGUGCACGACUACCGCAGAAGAAACUCGUGCCUCUAGCCCAGGACCCGGUCACGUCGGGUGGCGCCUGCGAGUGGGGGGCCGCGGCCGAGCGGGACGCUCCUUCGCCUCUGGGUCACUGAGGGGCCCCAGAAGCCGGUUUCUCACCAGACGGCACUCGGCUCUCCCGGGAACCAUGAUCCCCAACGGGUACCUGAUGUUCGAGGACGAGAACUUCAUCGAGUCUUCGGUGGCCAAGCUGAACGCCCUGCGGAAGAGCGGCCAGUUCUGCGACGUGCGGCUGCAGGUGUGCGGGCACGAGAUGCUGGCGCACCGGGCCGUGCUGGCCUGCUGCAGCCCCUACCUGUUCGAGAUCUUCAACAGCGACUGCGACCCCCACGGUGUGUCCCACGUGAAGUUCGACGACCUCAACCCGGAAGCUGUGGAGAUCCUGCUGAACUACGCCUACACGGCCCAGCUGAAAGCGGAUAAGGAAUUGGUGAAAGAUGUUUACUCUGCGGCCAAGAAGCUGAAGAUGGACCGAGUAAAGCAGGUGUGCGGGGAUUACCUGCUGUCCAGGAUGGACGCCGCCAGCUGCAUCUCCUACCGGACCUUCGCCAGCCGCAUGGGCGACUCGCGCCUGCUGAGUAAGGUUGACGCCUACAUCCAGGAGCACUUGCUGCAGGUGUCGGAGGAGGAGGAGUUUCUGAAGCUGCCACGGCUCAAGCUGGAGGUGCUGCUCGAAGACAACGUGUGUCUGCCCAGCAAUGGCAAAGUGUACACAAAGGUAAUCGACUGGGUCCAGCGCAGCAUCUGGGAGCACGGCGGCAGCCUGGAGGCCCUGAUGGAGGAGGUUCAGACCCUGUACUACUCAGCUGAUCACAAGCUGCUCGAUGGGAGCCCUCUAGAUGGCCAGGCCGAGGUGUUCGGCAGUGAUGAUGACCACAGUCAGUUUGUGCAGAGGAAGCCGGCCCGGGAGAACAGCCACCGGCAGCUGAGCGGCGGCUCCGCCGGGCGCCUGCCCUCCCCCACCGCCCCCCUGCAGAGCCCCAAGCACGAGUGGAAGAUCGUGGCCUCGGAGAAGACGGCGAACAACACGUACCUGUGCCUGGCGGUGCUGGACGGCGUCUUCUGCGUGAUUUUCCUCCAUGGGCGGAACAGCCCCCAGAGCUCGCCCGCUGGGACCCCCAAGCUCGCCAAGAGCCUGAGCUUCGAGCUGCAGCCCGACGAGCUGGAGACGCCCCUGGCGCCCAUGCAGUACGCGCGCUCGGGGCUGGGCACGGCCGAGCUGCACGGGCGGCUGAUCGCGGCAGGCGGCUACAACCGGGAGGAGUGUCUGCGGACCGUGGAGUGCUACGACCCCCGUGCCGACCGCUGGGCCUUCCUGGCCCCCAUGAGGACCCCCCGAGCCCGCUUCCAGAUGGCCGUCCUCAUGGGCCAGCUGUACGUGGUCGGGGGCUCGAAUGGCCACUCGGAUGACCUGAGCUGCGGCGAGAUGUACGACCCCAGCACUGACGACUGGAUCCCUGUCCCCGAGCUGCGGACCAACCGCUGCAACGCAGGCGUGUGCGCGCUGGGCGAGAAGCUGUACAUCGUCGGGGGCUCGGACCCCUACGGCCAGAAGGGCCUGAAGAACUGCGACGUGUUCGACCCCGUCACCAAGUCGUGGACCAGCUGCGCGCCCCUCAACAUUCGCCGCCACCAGGCCGCCGUGUGUGAGCUCGGAGGCUACUUGUACAUCGUGGGAGGCGCCGAGUCCUGGAACUGCCUGAACACGGCCGAGCGCUACAACCCGGAGAACAACACCUGGACGCUCAUCGCGCCCAUGAACGUGGCCCGGCGCGGGGCGGGGGUGGCCAUCCUGGACGGCAAGCUCUUCGUCGGCGGCGGCUUCGACGGGUUGCACGCCAUCAGCUGCGUGGAGAUGUACGACCCGGCGCGCAACGAGUGGAAGCUGGUGGGCGCCAUGACGUGCCCCCGGAGCAACGCGGGCAUGGCCACCGUGGGCGGCACCAUCUUCGCCGUGGGCGGCUUCGAUGGCAACGAGUUCCUGAGCACGGUGGAGGUGUACCGGCCCGACACCAACGAGUGGAGCCCCUAUGGCCGGCCCGGGCAGCUCUAGCGGGGGCGGCGCUCGCGUGGGCCGGCGGGGGGCUGGCGGAGCGCACUGUACAUAUGUUCUGUUGGGCGGGGGGCUCGUGUCUCUGUAGGGUUCCGUUGGUUUCUUGACGUUGAGAAGUUGGCAUUGGGGGGUGGGGCCUGAGGUCGGGGCCUAGCGGCCCCCUCGCAGAGGGUGGGUGCGGGGGCCGGGCAGAGGCCCGGGGGCUUCUUCGGGGCCCCUCGGCACAAACUGGAACUUGCUAACAAACUUAUUUAACUAGA